UUCGUGCUUCGAUACUCACAACACACAAGUCUCAUAUAAAUAAGUUGAAGGUGUUCACAUGAACUUAGAACUCAAAGCUUAGAAGCGUGUUUACUUUGAAUAUAUCUUCGUGACCUAAACGUAUCUACCUCAUCAAAUGACUUUCUUUAAGAUUUUCGGCGUGACCCUUGGUCUUGUAUCACUGGCACACGGGGAGCCACCUGUCCAAGGAUAUCACUACCAACAGAAUGGUUACCAUUCGAACGCUUUCAGCCCGCCCAGCGAGACUUAUUUGCCACCUAAAACCGGUUUAACCCUACCCAGCAGCUAUCUACCCCCUAACUCGUUCACCGCCCCGGGACAGUAUGGUAACGGUCAGAAUCACCAGCAACAUCAUCACCACCAUGAAAAUGAAAACGAAGUGCCGAAGUCCUACGAAUUCGGCUACUCAGUGAAGGACGCCCAGUCCGGCAACGACUACGACCGAAGGGAGAUGUCGGACGGCAACGUGGUGCGCGGGGAGUACAGAGUGCAGCUUCCCGAUGGACGCACUCAGAUAGUAACGUAUCACGCGGACUGGCAGACUGGCUUCCACGCGAAUGUGCGGUACGAAGGACAGGCGAGGUACCCCGAAAACAACCAUCAAGGUUACAACUAUAAUGCCCCGCAGUUCUCCGGUUCCCUAAAUGGAUUUAACAACCACGAGAGCAGCAACAAACCGUCCACAUCUUAUGGACCGCCGGGUUACCAAUAAAUAGUAAAAUUAAAUGACAAGAAAACACUUCAGUAUUUCCAGAGAUUACCCCUAUAGAAGGCUAGACAAGGGUACACCGAUUAGUAUUCUUAUGAAAAAUUUAUGUUACCAAACUUUUCUUGAGAUAAAAAUUUUAGAGUUUAGGGAUUAUUACGGUUUUUUUAAAGUCCCGUGGGAACUGUUUACUUUCUUGGGAUAAAAAGUAGCCUAUGUUACUCUCCGUCCUUGCAACUAACUCUACGCUAAACCGCAAAUGGAAGAAUCCAUUGAGGGCAUAAAAUAAGGACAAACAAACAAACAAACAUCACAACAAAACGGCCCUCGGAUUGAAAGCUUAUAAAGAUGUACAAAUUUAGCUAUCUAAUACUAAGUUGGAUAUUAUGUUAAGUAUAUUAAGAUGUAUGAAAAUAAAUAAGUCUUUGAA